AUGCCUUGUCCGCAUACAUCCGAUGUUUUUGCCGACAUACUUUAUGUUACUUUGUGUGAUUGGAAUCUUGAUAGGAAAGUGUCAACUCUUACUGUGGAUAAUUGUACCCCAAAUGAUGCAAUUAUCAGGAUAUUAUUAGAGAAACUUCCUCUAAAAUCACUAAUGAUGAAUGGUGAUUUGUUUCAUAUGCGUUUCUGUGCACAUAUUCUCAAUCUUAUUGUCCAAGAUGGCUUAUAUCUAAUUGAAAUUGAGAUUGAGAGAAUCAGAGAGAGUGUUGCAUUUUGGUCUGCAUCUCCAAAGAGGGAGCAAAAUUUUGUGAUAGUAGCAGAACAGUUGAGAAUACCAUACUCGAAGAAGUUGAUACUUAACUCCAAGACAUGGUGGAACUUUACAUUCUUGAUGUUGAGUGUUGCUAUAAGCUACAAAGAAGUUUUCGAGCGAGUAAAGACAAGAGACCCGAAGUAUACAUGUUUUCCUACAGAACAGGAUUGGGAGUUGGCUAGUGAGAUUUGUGAAAGAUUACAGCUUUUUUAUGAGGUGACUGUUAUGUUCUCUGGUGUUUAUGGUGGUUCAGUUCCCGGUUCAUCUUCAUUUGGUUCUAGUAUCUCUUCCGGUCAUCGUGCUGGAUUCAAAAAGCUCUUAUCGGAUAUUGUUUCCAUUACUAGAGAUGAUGAUGAAUUAGGAGGUAUGAGUGAGUUGGAUAACUACUUGAAGGAGAAAUUGUUGCCUAAAGACAUGGAACUUGAUUUGUUGGCGUGGUGGAAAAUAAAUGGGAUUAAGUACCCGACACUACAAAGGAUAGCUAAAGAUAUAUUACCUAUUCCUGUUUCCACUGUUGCCUCGGAAUCAACUUUCAGCACUAGUGGAAGAUUAGUAAGUCCUCAUCGUAGUCGACUUCAUCCAAAGACAUUGGAGGCUUUAAUGUGUGGUCAAAGUUGGUUGUUGAAUGAAAUUCGAGAGACCGAGGCAUAUUGUCGUUCAGUUGAAUUUGAUUAUGAUGUGGAAGUGGUAAAACGACACUUCUAA